UGGAAGCAAUAAUGGAUGACGUUUAGUAUAUAACUGGGCCAUACACAUAAUAAAGAAAAUAGAAAGUUUAUUAGGUUUACCUAUAUGUUUAUCGUGUUUUUAAGUGAAAUGUUCAGAAAUAAUACUCUAAUAUAAACUCAAACCAUUGUGCAGUAUAAUGAUGAGCGACAGCACGCUUCAUAAAUUACUACCGGUUCUUCUGUGUGGUCUCUCACUUCCGUUGUCUAUGCUUAUGUGGAUUGGCAAUUUAGCUUACUCUAAAAUAGCAAGUGAUAACUUAGAAAGCGUGAUUCCUCCAACACGAUGGCUUUUUUCAAUUCUCAUGCCGAUUGUUUUAAUGUUGUACGGUUUGAAGCGGAAAGGCAUCAAUAAAUCCGGUGCAGCUCUCGGUUUAUUUUGUGCCAUUAUUUUAUCCAUCUCUUCACAUGCAUUCUUUGCUUCGUUGGCAACCUUUUUCUUUACAUCCAGUCGUGCCACCAAAUUCCGUGCCAAUAUUAAGCGAAAAUUUGAUGCUGACUUCAAACCUGGCGAAGGUAGACGAAACUGGGCGCAGGUCAUUUGUAACGCUGGAAUGCCGACCCAGUUGGCCUUACUGUACCUUCUUGACUGUGGAUAUGGAGAACGCCCUAUUGAUUUCACACAACUUUACCGUUCGAGCUGGCUUGGAGUUGGAAUUCUGGGUGCGUUUGCAUGCUCCAAUGGAGAUACUUGGGCCAGUGAACUGGGGACGGUUGUCGGGCGAGGAGAUCCGUUUUUGAUAACAACCAGAAAGCGAGUGCCGCGCGGUACGAAUGGAGCAGUUUCACCAUUUGGUUUGCUAGUCAGUUUCUUGGGCGGUGUAGCUAUCGGACUUUCCUAUUACCUAACAAUUCGAUACACAGUCGAUUCGAAAGUUUUGGCUCAUAGUCCGAAGCAGUGGCCAAUCAUCGUAUUCGGUGGUAUGGCAGGUCUAUUGGGAUCCAUUGUCGAUUCACUACUAGGUGCAACAUUGCAAUAUUCUGGCUUAGAUACGACUAACGGGAAAAUUGUGGAGCGACCUGGAAAACACGUAAAGCAUAUCUCUGGAGCGCGAAUCCUUGACAAUCAUAGCGUAAAUUUAAUAAGCUCUAUCAUUAGCGGUCUGCUUAUGCCAAGUAUUGCAAUGCAAUUUUGGAAGGUGUUUUAGUUAACAUAGCAGAUUACAAUACGGGACAUUACAGAACAACUCUUGAAAGUGAUGACACAAUCUCCAUUUUAAAGAUAUAGCUUAAUUUUUAAUUGAACCGCUUGAAAUUUAGGGUUAAAAUUCAUGUUCAGUUUCUUCUGCGGCAUAGAUGUAGUUCUAUAAUGUGACUUAUAUUUAAUAAAUAAGGAUAUUCUUUCAAUGAAAAUGAA